GAGGAGAACAAGUGUAAUACGUGUCCCGUACUCUUUGAUUACAGAGUUGAGUAGAGAGUAGAUAGAAAGAGAGAGAGAGAAAGAUAUACAGAGAGAGGAAGAGUCUCUACACCCUUCCAAUUCCCCACCUUCUCUCUCUCUCUCUCUCUCUUUCUCGGCCGCUUUAUUCGAGGAAGAAAGAAGGAAAUUGAUAAUAAAGUUGAUUCUCCAUUGUAGUAGUAAUUAGUAAUUACAACACACACACGGCGUGUACUAAGAGUCCGGUGGUGGUGGAUGCUUAUUUAGUUUAGUUGUUCGGAUCUGGAUCGGAGGAGGAUUCCAAUUCCAAUUCCAAUUCCAAUGGACAACAAGAGUCAGAGUCAGUUUGCCAAUACCAAACAACUCGACAACAAUGGUUCCUUCAACUGCACCACCACCACCACCGACAACGGUGCCAGUGCCACAACCACCACCUCUUCAGGGGAUGCUAGCCAGAAUCUUUCUGAAGUAAACACCUUGCCAAUUGAGAUAUUAAACGUUGACAAACUGGAAUCUGCGGGUCCAAUUAAGUUGGAAAGAUCAAAAACUGAGAGGCAUAGACAUCAUAAUAUACUUGCUGAAGAAGCAGCACAAAUUUUUGACGAGACAAUUUCUGUCCAGCAGAAGCUAAAACUUUUGAAUAGAAUAGCUACAGUAAAAGAUGAUGGAACUGUAGAAUUUGAAGUUCCAGCUGAUGUUGAACCCCAAGAUAUUGGUGUUCGCUCUGUGGGUGCUAGCACUGAUACUGUGGAUGAUGAGCCUCUUGAUGCAACAGACCUUCAGUACAUACCACCAUUGCAAGUAGUAAUGCUUAUUGUGGGUACACGUGGAGAUGUUCAGCCGUUUAUUGCAAUUGGAAAACGUUUGCAGGACUAUGGCCAUCGUGUUAGACUAGCAACUCAUUCAAAUUUCAAAGAGUUUGUCUUGACUGCUGGGUUGGAGUUUUACCCUCUAGGAGGGGAUCCGAAAGUUCUUGCUGGUUAUAUGGUGAAAAAUAAAGGAUUCUUGCCAUCGGGGCCUUCUGAGAUACCUAUUCAACGAAAUCAAAUGAAGGAAAUUAUCUAUUCUUUACUUUCAGCUUGCAGAGACCCUGAUAUUGAUUCUGGUGUUGCCUUUAAAGCAGAUGCAAUCAUUGCCAAUCCCCCAGCGUAUGGUCAUACCCAUGUGGCAGAGGCACUAAAAGUACCAAUUCAUAUAUUUUUCACGAUGCCAUGGACGCCAACUAGUGAAUUUCCACAUCCUUUGUCCCGUGUGAAGCAACAAGCUGGAUAUAGGCUGUCAUAUCAAAUUGUCGACUCCUUGAUUUGGCUUGGAAUUCGGGAUAUGAUCAAUGAUGUUAGGAAGAAAAAGCUGAAGCUUCGUCCUGUAACAUACUUAAGUGGUUCACAGGGCUCUGAUUCUGAUAUUCCACAUGGAUAUAUAUGGAGUCCUCACCUUGUUCCUAAACCAAAAGAUUGGGGUCCUAAGGUUGAUGUGGUAGGAUUUUGCUUCCUUGAUCUUGCAUCAAAUUAUGAACCUCCUGAAUCACUUGUAAAAUGGCUCGAAGCUGGUGACAAGCCUAUUUAUAUAGGAUUUGGUAGUCUUCCUGUUGAAGAGCCUGAGAAAAUGACCCAAAUUAUUGUGGAGGCAUUGGAAAUCACUAAACAGAGGGGCAUCAUUAACAAAGGUUGGGGUGGACUUGGGGAUUUGGCAGAACCAAAGGACUCCAUAUACUUAUUGGACAACUGCCCUCAUGACUGGCUAUUCUUACAGUGCAAGGCUGUGGUGCAUCAUGGAGGUGCUGGAACAACAGCUGCUGGUCUUAGAGCUGCAUGCCCAACAACCAUCGUGCCUUUCUUUGGUGACCAACCUUUCUGGGGAGACCGAGUCAAUGCAAGAGGAGUAGGUCCUCCACCCAUUCCUAUUGAUGAAUUUACUCUUCCCAAGUUGGUUGACGCAAUAAAUUUUAUGCUAGAUCCCAAGGUGAAAGAGCGUGCAGUUGAACUUGCAAAGGCCAUGGAAAACGAGGACGGUGUGACUGGAGCAGUGAAAGCCUUCUUCAAGCAUCUUCCUUUCAAAAAGCCAGAGCCAGAGCCAGAACCGGUGACACCAAGUUUUUUCUCUUUAAGUAGAUGUUUUGGUUGUGCUUGAAUCUCGUUUAGCCCUUCCCAUGUAUUUCCUCACAGUAUAGAUGAUAAGAUGUCCUCAGCAGCAUCACCUGUGUUCACUUCCAGAAAGUAAAAUGGAGAGAGAAAAAAAGAAAGGAAAAAAAAGGAAAAA